AUGAAAUCACUAUCCUUGGAAGAAAGGGGCAUACGUGUUGAUGGAAGAUUUCUUUCGAACCUUCGUUUCGCGGACGACAUCGUUCUCUUUUCGAGCAGUACCAAUGAAGCAGAAACGAUGCUCAACGAAUUGAACGAAGUAGGGAAGAGAAUAGGACUACGAAUAAACAGAAAGAAGACACAGUUCAUGAAGAACUGCGAGGACGGAGGAGUACAACUUGAAGGCUUCCAAAUCGUGGAAACUCCGUCAUACGUAUACCUUGGACGUUCUAUGAACAUGGAAAACGACUUGAAGGAAGAACUGAAUAGAAGAAUGAGAGCAGCAUGGGCAGCAUUCGCAGCCGUCAGGGAAGCUACGGACCAAAAUCUUCGUGCCCAUCUGUUCGACUCGACAGUCCUUCCAGCGCUCUGUUACGCAGCGGAGACGUGGGCAGACACCGCGGCCACGUCUAGGAAGCUACUUACUACCCACAGAGCCCUUGAGAGAUGUCUCCUGAAGUUUAACCGGCGCACAACACCUUGUCGGUCUUCGUAG